AUGGAGCAGGAACAAAAAAAUGUGAGGAAUGAUACAUUCUUGUCAGAUGUUGUUUCAUCGAGUGCAACUGAGUAUGAGAAACCCGAAGAAAGGUCGAAGUCCGAAGCAAACAUUGAAGAGCUACCGUAUAACCAAAGGUAUUCCAAAAUUGAGCCCGGAAGUACUUCAUUCGAUGAAUCAACUUCUUCUUGGUACCAGUUAGCUGUUCAGUCGGGAACUGGGAAUAUUUCUGGCGAAGACAUGAACUCUUUGCUUUAUAAUGAUGAAGGUGUAUUGGGUGGCUUAUUUUCUACAAGACGACCAAGAGAUGCUAUGGCAGGUUUUAGCAGUGGAAUGAAGACUGUAGGGAAGGGUGUUGCUGCUGGUGUUGCAACUUUAGUCGCUGCUCCUGUGGUUGGAGCUGCUACCGAAGGUGUAUCUGGAUUUUUUAAAGGAAUGGGUGCUGGGAUAGUUGCAGCGGUCGCAUUACCUGUAACUGCGGUUGGAGUUGCUGGAUACCAAAUGGCAAGGGGAGUAGCAAAUACUCCGGAGGCUAUAUCUGAAAGUAACAAGGGGAGGAAAUGGGAUAAAAAAAAUAGACAGUGGAUUGAAUAUUACUACUCAUUAGAUGAUGAAAUUCAACAACUGAAGGAAAAGGAAAUUAAGUCUUCACAAAAAAAUGAUAAUUAUGAAUCAGAGGAUUGCAACAGAAAAGAAUCAAUAAACUCUCCUUCAAAAAGCGUUGCUGACACAACCUAUUAUGAUUUGUUAUCUGUAUCGCCAAAUGCAGGUGCAGAUGAAAUUCGAAGACAAUAUUAUAGAAAGGCAAAACAAUACCAUCCAGAUAAAAACCCUGAUGAUGCGGAUGCUAAAGAUAAAUUUCAAAAGUUGGGUGAAGCCUAUCAAAUACUUGCAGAUCCCGAGCGUAGAAAAAGGUACGAUGAAUAUGGUAUUGGAGCUACUUAUGAUAUGCCUGUAAUUGAUUCAAGUUUGAUUUUCACAAUUUUAUUUGGGUCUGACAGUUUAGAAAAGUAUGUGGGUAAACUUAAAAUGGUUUCUCUUGUUGAAAUUGCUACCACUAAUGGUUCUCAGAAUGGGGCGAGCAAUUCAAAUGAAAUGGAGCAAGCAAUUGAUAAUGAACAAAGUAAAAGGACAAUUUUACUUGCAGUAGAAAUGAGGAAAAAGAUUGCUCCAGUACUAGAAGAGUUUGAUGCAGAAAAUUCAGUUCCUAUUGAAACUUCGGAGAUACUCAAGGAUUGGAGAGAAUCAAUUUCUCAAGAGGCGAAAAGCUUAUGCAACAAUUCGUUUUGCGAUGCAAUGGUUGAAGCCAUCGGUUGGAGUUACGAAAAUUAUGGAUCUCAAUAUCUGGGAAAAAUUGAUACUUUUCUCGGAAUAGGAGGUAAGUAUGCUAAAUUUCAAGCAAAGACAAGAAAUGUUGCAUCUACUUGGAAAAUGGCAUCUACUGCAAUUAGAACUGCUAUGGCAGCUCAAAAUUUACAAUCUUCUAUGAAAAAAAAACAAUGUGGAGCAAAAGAAGGUGAGUAUGACAAUGAAGCUAAUAUGGAACAAAACGCAGAGGACUCAGCAAAAGCGCAACAACAGUUCGAAGAAACACUGCCACUUAUAUUGGACACUAUGCUUCGUAUUACAAUUAUGGACAUUGAAGACACAAUUAGAACGGUUGCUAAGAAACUAGUAAAAGAUAUGGGAGUUGAUUUAAAUGUAAGGAAGCAGAGAGCAUUGGCUCUCAUAGAACUUGGCUCUAUUUUUCAAUCAGUCGCUAAUGCUUCGAAUCAACAGAGAGAAGAAAGCGGUGAUAAGCCAGAUGCAAGAAGAAAAGUUGAAGAAGCAUUCAUUAAGGCGGCUCAACAGAGGGACGAAAAAUAG